ACACUACUUUCUCUCCAAUUUCACUUACCUCUUUUAACGUUUUUUUCUCUCCAAAUUUUCUCCUCAUCCAAACAAAAGAAAAGAAAAAAAAAAAGAAAAACAGAGAACCAACCAAAAGUCUGAAACCAUGGCCUUCCGCUUGAGCAACAAUCUAGUCGGAAUUCUCAACUUGAUAACAUUCAUCCUCUCGAUCCCUAUCCUCGGCGCCGGCAUCUGGCUGAGCCGAGAAGGCGUAACGGAAUGCGAGCGGUUUUUAGACAAGCCGAUUAUCGUAAUCGGAGUCUUCCUCAUGGUCGUCUCACUCGCUGGACUAAUCGGCGCGUGCUGUGGCGUAACGUGGCUACUCUGGCUCUACCUCGUCGUCAUGUUCCUCCUCAUCGUACUCGGCAUCGUCUUCACGAUCUUUGCUUUCGUGGUGACGAAUAAAGGGGCGGGAGAAGUGUUGUCUGGUAAAGGGUAUAAGGAAUACCGACUUGGGGAUUACUCAAACUGGUUGCAGAAGAGAGUUACUGAUGAGAAGAAUUGGAAUAAGAUUAAGAGCUGUUUGGCCGAUAGUAAAGUUUGUACUGAUUUUCGUGAGAAGUAUCUUAAUGAUACUGUCGCGGAGUUUUACCAGGAGCACUUAUCUGCCGUUCAGUCUGGUUGCUGUAAGCCUUCAAACGACUGUCAAUUCACCUAUGUUGGACCAACUAACUGGACUAAAACGAACGGCGUCUUCACCAAUACUGACUGCAAUUUGUGGGAUAACAAUCUGAAUACUUUAUGCUUCAAUUGCCGGUCAUGCAAGGCUGGGUUUAUAGACAACCUCAAGAGCUCUUGGAAGAAGGUGGCGAUUAUCAACAUCGUAUUCCUUAUCUUCCUCAUUGUUGUCUACUCUGUUGGCUGCUGUGCUUUUAGAAACAAUAGGAGAGACAAUGCUUAUAAUCAAGGGUGGAAGCCUUGAGGUUGUCUUUGUUUGUGCUUUCCCAUUUUGGAUAUCGGCACGGAGGGUUUAGUUUUGUUGGAUUUGCUUGUAUUUUCUGCACUCUACUUUAAUGUCCAUGUUUGCUUUUGGAUCUUUUAGUGUAUAGUUUUCUAUCAUUUGUCUAGUUGUUCUUAGAACGUUUUGGAUAUAUAUAUGAUCGUUUAUAUGCUUUUUAAAA